UUUUUUUUUUUUUUUUUUUUUUUUUUGGUAGAGCAAGAAAUCAUAUAAAAUAAAAUGAAAUAAAACAAGGAGGAAGGCAACCAGCUGUUAAGAGGGGGGGGGGGGGAUAAGGCAGAUAAAGGAGCGGGGAGAGAAAUUAAUUGCCAACCAGGAGGAGUUGGGCUGUAUUUUUCAAAGGUGGGGGUAGUGGAGCACACACCUUGAGAGGAGGAAAGCGAGAAAGAAAAAGAAAAAAGCCAAGUGAAAGGGGGGGCUCGCCCAAGAAGGGUGAAGAAGCGAAGAAAGUCGAGGCGCCGAGUCUCCCAAAGCUGGCAGCUCCGGGCGGCGGUGCAGGGGCGAAGGGGGGGCGGGGGGGACCGUCGGACAUGCGGCUCUGGAGUUGGGUGCUGCGCCUGGGGCUGCUGAGCGCCGCGCUGGGCUGCGGGCUGGCCGAGCGCUCCCGCCGGGCCCGGAGAGACCCGCGGGCCGGCCGCCCUCCGCGCCCCGCCGCCGGCCCGGCCACCUGCGCCACCCGGGCGGCCCGCGGCCGCCGCGCCUCGCCGCCGCCUCCGCCGCCGGGCGGUGCCUGGGAAGCCGUGCGCGUCCCCCGGCGGCGGCAGCAGCGGGAGGCGAGGGGCGCCGCCGAGGAGCCGAGCCCGCCGAGCCGGGCGCUCUAUUUCAGCGGGCGAGGCGAGCAGCUGCGCCUGCGGGCCGACCUCGAGCUGCCCCGGGACGCGUUCACGCUGCAAGUGUGGCUGCGAGCGGAGGGGGGCCAGAGAUCGCCGGCGGUGAUCACAGGGCUGUAUGACAAGUGCUCUUAUACCUCACGUGACCGAGGAUGGGUCGUGGGCAUUCACACCGUCAGUGACCAAGGCAACAAAGACCCACGCUACUUUUUCUCCUUGAAGACAGACCGGGCCCGGCAAGUAACCACCAUCAAUGCCCACCAAAGCUACCUCCCUGGCCAGUGGGUAUUCCUAGCUGCCACCUACGACGGGCGGCUGAUGAAGCUCUAUGUGAAUGGUGCCCAGGUGGCAACCUCUGGGGAUCAGGUGGGUGGCAUAUUCAGCCCAUUGACCCAGAAGUGUAAAAUACUUAUGUUGGGGGGCAGCACCCUGAAUCACAACUACCGGGGCUAUAUUGAGCGCUUCAGUCUGUGGAAGGUGGCCAGGACCCAGCGGGAAGUCCUGUUGGACAUGGAAACCCAUGGCCUCCACUCGCCUCUACCUCAGCUCCUCCUACAGGAGAACUGGGACAAUGUGAAGCGCACCUGGUCCCCCAUGAAGGAUGGCCACAGCCCACAGGUGGAGUUCAGCGGUGCCCACAGCUUCCUGCUGGACACCAGUUUGGAGCCCCCUCUGUGCGGGCAGACUUUGUGCGACAAUGCGCAAGUCAUCGCCAGCUACAACCAGCUGCCGCGCUUCCGCCGGCCCAAGGUGGUGCGCUACCGCGUGGUCAACCUCCAUGAUGACGGCCAGGAGAACCCCACGGUGAGCCGCCAGCAGAUCGAGCUCCAGCACCAGCAGUUGGCCGAGGCCUUCCAGCCCUACAACAUCUCCUGGGAGCUGGAGGUGCUGGAGGUGAGCAACUCCUCCCUGCGCCGCCGCCUCAUCCUGGCCAACUGUGACAUCAGCAAGAUCGGGGACGAUAACUGCGACCCCGAAUGCAACCACACACUGACAGGCCACGAUGGCGGGGACUGCCGCCACUUGCGCUACCCUGCCUUCCUGAAGAAGCAGCAGAACGGGGUGUGUGACAUGGACUGUAACUAUGAACGGUUCAACUACGAUGGUGGCGAGUGCUGUGACCCCGACAUCACGGAUGUCACCCAGACCUGCUUCGAUCCUGACUCUCCACACAGAGCGUACUUGGAUGUUAAUGAACUGAAGAACAUUCUUAGACUGGAUGGAACUACACACCUCAAUAUCUUCUUUGCAAACUCCUCGGAGGAGGAAUUGGCAGGAGUAGCCACUUGGCCAUGGGACAAGGAGGCCCUAAUGCCCUUAGGUGGCAUCGUCCUGAACCCAUCUGUCUAUGGCAUUCCUGGGCACACCCACACCAUGAUCCACGAGAUCGGGCACAGCCUGGGCCUCUAUCACAUCUUCCGAGGCAUCUCAGAAAUCCAGUCUUGCAGUGACCCCUGCAUGGAGACCGAGCCCUCUUUUGAGACGGGAGACCUCUGCAGUGACACCAACCCAGCCCCCAAAUACAAGUUCUGUGGUGACCCAGGGCCAGGAAACGACACCUGUGGCUUUCAUAGCUUCUUCGACACUCCUUACAACAACUUCAUGAGCUAUGCAGACGACGACUGCACUGACUCCUUCACGCCCAAUCAAGUCGCCAGAAUGCACUGCUACCUGGACCUGGUGUACCAGGGCUGGCAGCCCUCCAAGAAGCCGGCGCCAGUCGCCCUGGCUCCCCAGAUUGUGGGCCACACGACUGACUCCGUGACGCUGGAGUGGUUUCCACCCAUCGAUGGCCACUUCUUUGAAAGAGAAUUGGGAUCAGCAUGUGACCUUUGCCUGGAAGGGAGGAUCCUGGUGCAGUAUGCCAUCAAUGCCUCCUCCCCGAUGCCUUGUGGCCCAUCCGGACACUGGAGUCCCCGGGAAGCAGAAGGCCAUCCAGAUGUUGAACAGCCCUGUAAAUCCAGUGUCCGCACCUGGAGCCCAAAUUCAGCUGUCAACCCACACACGGUCCCGCCAGCCUGCCCUGAGCCACAAGGCUGCUACCUUGAACUGGAAUUCCAUUAUCCUUUGGUUCCUGAGUCUCUGACAGUCUGGGUAACCUUCGUCUCCACUGACUGGGACUCUAGUGGGGCUGUCAAUGACAUCAAACUGUUGACUACAAUGGGGAAGAACAUCUCCCUGGGCCCUCAGAAUGUAUUCUGCGAUGUUCCACUGACCAUCAAACUUCGAGAUGUGGGCGAGGAGGUUUAUGGCAUUCAGAUCUACACGUUGGAUGAGCACCUGGAGAUUGAUGCUGCCAUGUUGACCUCCAUUGCAGACAGCCCGCUCUGCCUAGCGUGUAAGCCCCUGCAGUACAAAGUGGUCCGGGACCCUCCUCUCCAGGUGGACAUGGCCUCCAACCUGCAUCUUAAUAGAAGAUUCACAGACAUGGACCUCAGUCUUGGCAGUGUGUACCAGUACCGGGUCAUCACCAUUUCCGGAAGUGAGGAAGGCGAGCCAUCACCUGCUGCUGUAUACACCCAUGGAAGUGGGUACUGUGGCGACGGCAUCAUCCAGAAAGGCCAAGGUGAAGAAUGUGAUGACAUGAACAAGAUCAAUGGUGAUGGCUGCUCCCUGUUCUGCCAACAGGAAGUUUCCUUCAAUUGCAUUGAUGAACCCAGCCGGUGCUAUUUCCAUGAUGGUGACGGGGUAUGUGAGGAGUUUGAACAAAAAACAAGCAUCAAGGACUGCGGUGUCUACACACCCCAGGGGUUCCUGGAUCAGUGGGCAUCCAAUGCUUCAGUUUCCCAUCAAAACCAGCAAUGCCCAGGAUGGGUCAUCAUUGGCCAGCCAGCAGCAUCCCAGGUGUGUCGGACCAAGGUGAUUGAUCUCAGUGAAGGCAUCUCCCAGCACGCCUGGUAUCCUUGCACCGUCACCUACCCCUACUCCCAGACCACGUUCUGGCUCCGGGCAUACUUUUCUCAGCCAAUGGUUGCUGCAGCUGUCAUUGUCCACCUGGUGACCGAUGGGACCUACUAUGGGGACCAAAAGCAGGAAACCAUCAGCGUCCAGCUGCUUGACACCAAAGAGCAGAGCCAUGAUCUAGGCCUCCACGUCCUGAGCUGCAGGAACAAUCCCCUGAUUAUCCCUGUGGUCCAUGACCUCAGCCAGCCCUUCUACCACAGCCAGGCUGUGCGAGUGAGCUUCAGCUCACCCCUGCUCGCCAUCUCGGGGGUGGCCCUCCGCUCCUUCGACGGCUUUGACCCCGUCACCCUGAGCAGCUGCCAGAGAGGGGAGACCUACAGCUCUGCAGAACAGAGCUGUGUGCACUUCGCAUGUGAGGCCACCGACUGUCCGGAGCUGGUUGUGGAGAACGCUGCUCUCAACUGCUCCAGCAGUGAUCGCUAUCACGGUGCCCAGUGCACUGUGAGCUGCCGGACAGGCUACAUGCUCCAGAUACGGAGGGACGACGAACUGAUCAAGAGCCAGAAGAGACCCAGCGUCACAGUGACCUGCACCGAGGGCAAGUGGAACAAGCAGGUGGCGUGUGAGCCCGUGGACUGUGGCGUCCCGGACCAACAUCACGUCUACGCUGCCUCCUUCUCCUGUCUCGAGGGCACCACCUUUGGCAGCAAAUGCUCCUUCCAGUGUCGCCACCCAGCACAGUUGAAAGGCAACAACAGCGUCCUGACCUGUAUGGAGGACGGGCUCUGGUCCUUCCCCGAGGCCCUGUGCGAGCUCAUGUGUCUGGCUCCACCCUCGGUGCCCAAUGCAGACCUGCAGACCACCAGGUGCCGAGAGAACAAGCACAAGGUGGGCUCUUUCUGCAAGUACAAGUGCAAGCCUGGAUACCACGUGCCAGGCGCUUCUCGGAAGUCAAAGAAACGUGCCUUCAAGAUUCAGUGCACCCAAGACGGCAGCUGGCAGGAGGGAGCCUGUGUUCCUGUGACGUGUGACCCGCCUCCACCAAAGUUCCACGGGCUCUACCAGUGCACAGACGGCUUCCAGUUCAACAGCGAGUGCAGGAUCAAGUGUGAAGACAGUGAUGCCGCCCAGGGCCGGGGGAGCAAUGUCAUCCACUGUCGGAAAGAUGGAACUUGGAGCGGCUCCUUCCACCUCUGCCAGGAGAUGCAAGGCCAGUGCUCGGCCCCGAACCAGCUUAACAGCAACCUCAAACUGCAGUGUCCGGAAGGCUACGCCAUAGGGUCCGAGUGUGCCGCCACCUGCCUGGACCACAACAGCGAGCCCGUUAUCCUGCCCACGAACGUGACCGUCCGUGACAUCCCUCACUGGCUGAAUCCCACGCGGGUGCAGAGAGUCGUCUGCACGGCUGGCCUCAAGUGGUACCCUCACCCUGCUGUGAUCCACUGUGUCAAAGGCUGUGAGCCCUUCAUGGGAGACAAUUAUUGUGAUGCCAUCAACAACAGAGCCUUCUGCAACUACGAUGGUGGGGACUGCUGCACAUCCACGGUGAAGACCAAAAAGGUCACCCCCUUCCCCAUGUCCUGUGACCUACAAGGUGACUGUGCCUGUCGGGACCCCCAGGCUCGAGAACACAGCCGGAAAGACCUCCGGGGAUACAGCCAUGGCUAAGGAAGGACAAGGAGUUAAGAAUUCCCAGCGCCAGGACCCGCAUCCCUUUGGUAUUGAUUUCAGUCAGCUGCUCCGCGGAUUGGCCUCUCCACACCAGGGAUCCUUAGCAUCCAACCGGUCUGCCUUUAAUUUCACCCAGGAAGGACUCACAGUUGGGGCGCACGAAGCAAGUCUCACCAUGUUGAGUAAUGGCAUGGGAUCCCACCCCACAGUCUUAGAUGGAUCACAUGCAGAGCAUGCAGUCCAAAGCCUCCUAAAACUCUAACCAUUUGUCACACGACCACAGCGAGAAACAUGCUCUGUGCCCAGGAGUGUGCACAUCUGUGGUUAGUACACAUGCAUGCAUACACACCCAUACAAACAUCUGUGUGAGGGCAGUUUUGGAGACUGAGCAGAGAGAGACUGGAACAAAGUCAACCUUUCCUUUCCCAAGCUCCCAGCCAACACUGUCCUUGGGAGAAAGAGAGCUGCAGAAACUGCUAAGACCGAGUAUUGAGAUGCCAAGAUGGGUCACACCCUGAGGCUUGGUAUAUGUAGGAUGUGCACAAUGGUACAGUCCUUUGGGAUCGGAAGUGAAAUGGUCUCUGAUCACCUACCUUCUAGGAAAGUAGGGCCCAGGGAGAAGUAAAGAAUCCAAAGUGUAUGAAGCCCCCCGAUUUUUCCCGCUGCCAUUGGGGGAUUUACCCCAACUCCAGGGUUUAAGGCCAAGCUGGAAAUGGCUUAAGAUUGCAAUGUCAAGGUAUUAUAAGAGCCCCCUGCUUGAGGCAUGAGGCCAUAAUAUCCCUCCGGAACCCACCCAUUCCCCAAAUCUUGCCUUGGGACCACAUUUGCUGCUACUUUUCCUGCUGCUCUAUCCUAUACAUUGAGUAACCCAAGAUGGUAGGACUAGGUUAGGAAAAACCCCACACAACCAAACAGUCUGCCUUAAAUGUGACCCACAUUUCCCCACAGCUCCUCCCUCCCUAGUCCUCCUGCAAGAGAAACUCUUCCUUGGUCCCCCUGGAGGGAAGCGCGGUCCUCUGUGGGUGGGCUUCUCACCCUGGGAGGGAGUCGGAACCCUCAGCCAGCUCCAGGAUGUCUAAGCCAGUGUUAGAUUUCAUAAUCAGGUGGAACAGUGUUACGUUUCUGCGAUGCUGGAGCCAUCAGGGGACUGCUAAGAGUUGUAGGGACUCUUGAGUUAUGCUCCUUCUCUGAGCCUUCUUGCCUGUCCAGGCUACAGCAGGCUUUGGUCCUGAGGACCUCCAGGUGGCCCUGAGCAGCUAGCCUUCUGGAACAGAGUCGUCUUGAAUGUGAUCAGUCUCAGCUAUGUUCCAGGGGCCAUCAGAGGGAAGUCCAAGGGUGCCAGCCUCAGUCCCCAGCAACCCAAUAUGGUCAUGAUGUUUCCCACCGUCUUCCAUCUUCCAGUGCUCCCGCCCACACCUGGGGGUGGGCAACCCUUCCGUCUCCCACAUUCCACCUCCCAAAGUGCGGAGUCAGUCAGUCAGUCAGACGCCCAUGGGAGCCUCCCCUCUUUGGGGCCCUCUUUGCCUCUUUUCAGCCAGUUUCCAUCCACUCCUUUUGAGGAAUGUGGAGAGAGAUGAAUACAGGAAAAGGUGGAGAGAAUGGUUAAGCUUGACAUAAUUUCUGACACCUGGAACUGAAAAAGUGAGGCGAUGGGAAGGUCUAAAUUAGACAUAGCCCAUAAAGAUUGCUAUAAAUCACGUCCUCUCAAGUUUAGAGAAGACAACCAACAAAAACACAGUCUAGCAUGGGAGCGGAACACGCCAGGCAUGCGUGCUGCCCCACCAGGUUCCUGCUGCUGAGGCAGGCAUUGCUAUAGCUUUCUCCCAUGGGGACCAACAAGAACUUCAGAAAGCUCCUUACUCUGUCACCCCCACAGCAACAGCCUGAUCAAGGAUGCUUGAAAAGAUACUUAUUGGCCAUCAUCUGUGGUCUGUGAUAUUUAAAAAAAAAAAAAAAAAAUCUAUCAAGGUGCUUUUUGCACAGGUGCCCACAAAUAAGGAUGCAGUGCUUGGAGAGUUUUGUGUGGCUCGCACUACAUUACCAACUCUGGGACGAAGUUCCAGAGUGGAGAGGCUGCCACCAUUGUUAAGGCCAGGCUCAAAUCCUUCAUGUUUCUUCCUUACAAACUCCUAUUUUCAUUCAGGACAUGGUUUUUUUUCUGCAAUUACCAGGGCCAAUCGUUAGCAAAAUCAUAAUUAUAAUAGAAGACUUCAUCCAGUUCUGUAGCCCCUCUUCAGUGUCUUAAGAGCUCUUCCCAACUCUCGAGGCCCCCCUUUUGCUCUUGAGUUAUCACCCCGUGUGGUAUUAGGUCAAAGUUAGAGCUAAGAAAAAUAAUUUCGUUAGCCCUCCCCGUUGCUUUAUGACACAGUAAAUAAUGCAAACAGCCUUGGAGACCCCGAGACAACAUGACAGCUUCCCUUAAAUGGACCCCCAUCCUCUCCCUCUUCCCCUUGUCUGUCCCCACCUUCUCCAGCUGAGUAGUUUCCUGAAGGCUGCCUUCUAUCUCCAAAUGGAGUGGAGCCCUCUGAGCAAACUUCUGCCUGGUCUCCUUCCCGUCAUUCAGACCUGUCACUCGCAAAUUCCCCUUUGCUAAGGCCAUUGGGAAAGAGAGGCUGCUGGAUUGGUGGCCAGCCUCAUGCCCACAUGGGAGGUGUAACUCACGGGCCCUCCUCCCACCUUAGUGGAGGUGGGUCUGCUGUAUUCAUGCAGUGCACUGGCACCGUUUCCUUUUAUUUCUGGGAAUAGACUCGUCUCAUCUUCCCAUCAUCUGUUUAGAAAAAGGGAGUACUCCCAGGAAGCCCUGUGUUCUGCCAGCACUUGGGGUCCUGCAUCUGCAUCUACAGAGGAUUUGUCUGUUAGCAGCAAGAAAGAGAUGAGGUAGUUAGCCCUCCAAGCUCUCUCUUGGGAAGCCUUUUUAAGCCACAACCCUGCCUGCCCAGAGAACUCACAUUAUCCCCACCCCACUGCCACCCCCACCUUCGGUGCCAACCACCUCUUAGGGGAAGGCCGUCCUUGAGAAGUCUGUUUCGGCGCCUGAUUGGGUGUGACAGAGAGGAGAGACCAGUGUUCAUAAAGAGCAGGGCUUUGAGGAUGGAGGGUGACAGCUGCUCCUGCUGGCUGCAGCAGGUUGAGUCGCUACCUAGACAGUGCUCUUGGUCUCGGUCUCACCUGGCCAAGACGUAAAUGCUAUUUGUUGAAAAUAAUUCUUUGAGACAGAUUUCAGCUACCUCCCUUCCAGGUUUGUGUUAAUUUGGUUGCAACUGUCCAUUUGUUAUAGGUCUUACUUGUGUUAGAGAGAAGGAAGGAAAGGAAGGAGGGAAGAAAGAAAGGAAACCCUAUUUUUAAGUGACGAGUUUUGGGUGGUGUGUUGUUGUUUUUCUGGAACUACUUCAAGUGCAGAAUUAAAUAGAAGAAAUUGAUGGUGAUAAAACUGUACAGAUAGAAAUUAAUAGAUGAGGUUAAAAGAAUAUACAUAUGCAUGAUUAAAAAAUAAGAUUUUUUUUUAAACAAACUAUUUUUGUGCUUCCUAAGGAAAAUUGUUUAUUCUAUAGACUGAAUAGGUAGACACAAGCAUAAAGAUUUCCCUACAGGAGAGGUAGAGUGGGAAGCCUAAUACUGCUGUUUUCUGUACGUUGUGCUAGGCCUAGGAAAUCAGGCAACGUCCCCUUUGAUGUGGAGUUGUUGUUUGGGAGGCCAUUAUGUCUCUUUGGCGGCAAUGUGUGUUUAUAGGGAGUGAGAGGGCUGGCAAUUGGUUUCACCAAAUAUUAAGGGGACAUCCUGUGUUGUGCUUCUCAUAAUAUAAAAGUGUGUGUCCCUACCAGUAGCAUUGGGCUUUCUGCACUUAGAACCACACUGCACAGUCCACAGGGCUAAAUGCUGCUACCCGACCCAACAGGUUAAUCCCCAUGGUUCCUGAGACACAAAACAAAACAAACCCAGCAAACAACACACCUAAAAGCUAAAUAGCACAUGAAAUGAGAGCCUGUUCUUUUUAAACCCAUUCAUAUUUUGCUAAAUUCCUACCCACUGCUGGACCCAUAAAGGAAAAGUUGAAUAGCCACACAGGGAUUAUGUCCCUACAAUAAGAACCUAGACCUCUUGACUCCAGGCAGCAAGCAGUUUGUUUAGUGAUCUUGAGCAAGUCAUCAAUUCGCCUCUCCAUUUGCCUCAGUUUCUCCAGCUGCAAAAUGGGGAUAAUACUACUUAACCUACCUCACCAUGGGAGGCCAGGGGAUUGGGAGGCCCUGAUGUUCUACUCAGGCCAAAGGGAGCUGAGAGCCAAGGCUACACACACAAUCCACGGGCUCCCUCAAGAGAGGUGGGGGCCUAAGGGCCUUUUAGGGAUGACAGUGAGUGGGCGUUUGAUACUCCAGGGGAUAAAGCCGGAGUCCGUGUUAAGAGAGAGGCUCCUGUUAGGGAAUACUUCAUCCUUAGAUAAAUUGUGCUUUCCCCGCUUAUCCUCGCCUUGACGAGUUCUACCAUUCGAUUCAAAGCCAAUUACUUCCUGCAGAGUAAAAGCCAGUGUACUGCUUCCUCUUCCACACUCCCAGGCCAUUCCCGCUCCACAGAAGGGCCCUCAGUGUGUGGUUAGGAGAUCUGGCUUUCUGAGUGCAAACCCCUCGGGGCUUCUCAAACUAGACACCAGCAGUCGGCGAGGAGUACUUUGAACAAUUACUGAGUUGCUUUUUGGGGUCUCUAUAAUCAGUAACCUGUCUGCAGAUACCUAUCUAUAUAAAGAUAUUAUAUGAAAAUAUAAAUUUACAUAUAUAUGCACAUGUAUAUAUAGUUGUACAUAUAUGUGUGUGUAUAUAUACUUAAAUGUAAUAUUUACAAAAUAAAACUGUGAUCUCGUCUAGAGAAAAUGUAUUCAUAUUACAAACUGCUCUUCCAUAUUUAUGUACCAUAUUAUACCUUUUUAUUAUUGUUUAUAAUUAUUAUGGGUAUUUCUAAUUAUGAUGAUGUUGAAAAUCUGUUUGGCACCUUCUGGAAACUACCAAAAAAAAAAAAUAAUUCUCCAUUGAAGUGCUUAAAAAUCUAUUCUCAUGAGAAUUCUACUGGCCUACUAUGAAAAAGGAAAAAAAAAAUCUAAACGCCGGAACCAAAACACGAUUCCAAUCCUUUUUCUGUACCUCAUGCGCAUAAAUUUGCUGCUCCUAUUUUGGGUUUUAUUUUUAUUUUUCCUGUUCAUGUGUUUUUAUGGAUCUAAGUUAAGUCUUUUAGCAAUAUAUAAAAAUGUAAAUAGUAAACUUUAUUUAUUAAGAAUGUCAUCUUUUUUAAUUUAUAUUUACACAAUUGUUCAUCUAAUUUAUUUUUUCUAUACGGUUUUAAAUACUCAGACAUAUUUUGCUGUUCAUGGUAUUUUUAUCCUGUUCUUGUGGAUUCGUUUUUCCGUACUGUUUUCUCUGGUUUCAAUUACAGGUUGGAUCUCACAAAAAACCUAAUGUCAAAGACAUAAAUAUUUUGCCACUGUUGAUUACUAUACUUUAAAGUUCUAUAUUAUGAAAAUAUAUAAUAGCUUGUAUGCUUCA